CACACACACAGCGUCUGGCACGUACAGAAAGUGCGCUCAGUAUCAGUAUCGCUAGUCCUGCUGCUUGUGUGCUCCGUUGGUCCGGUCCAGAACUGAACCGUCGUCAUGUCUCUGCGUCCCGCUUCAGGGCUGCUCCGGAGCGCGCUGAGGUCUCAUCUGGUCCCUGUGGCUAACUGGUCUGGGAAACCUGCCAAACACAAUAUAGGUGGAGGGGAACAGGCAAUAGCUAUGACAGUGCUGUUUGCGGCCAUCCUGGGUCCUUCUGGCUGGGUGCUGGCUCACCUGGAGGACUAUAAGAAGAAGGCAUAGAAGAAGGAGAAGAGUAGGAGGUGGAGGGGAUCCGAUGAAGAUGCAGACCAGAAGGCCAGUCCUCAUCCCUCCAGGUCUCUCACUCUGCUCUGUCCUUCAGCUCGUCAGACGCUCCCAAGUUGUUUCUGCUCUUCUGACCUGUGAUGUGUGCAUCUGUCAGCCUCCUACAAAUAAAUACAUGUUCAGUGUACA